CAAUUUGCAGAAAGUGGAUGAUAGUUUCUCCGCUCGUCAGCUAAUCUGUUUACCCAUCAAGUGGAGGAAAAAAGCUUAUCAGUUUAUUUUUUAUCAUUGAUUAUUGCACAGUAAUGCACUGAACACUGCAUAUCAAACCUCCACGUCGAACACCCAGGAUGGAUUCGAAUCAAUCACAGGAACAGUCGAUGGAUUCUGCGGCAAAAAAGUCUAGCGGUCCGUUCGAGAGUCUCGGUCGAGAGGAUUUGAUAAAGAAAUGUAAGGGCCUACUGGGGAUUGCCCAGAAAGCCAAACAAGCGAAAGAUGAAUGUUUGGAGGAGAACAAGAGGUUAAAAGAGCAGUUAGUGCAAGCAGAAACUCAGAAGGUUGCCGAUAAGGAAUGUCUGAAAACUAUGCAGGAAGUUGUGGAUUCGGUCACUGGUCAAAAGCUGGAGGCCGUUAUGAAGGUGGAUGAACUGGAGAAAGCGGUAGCAGGACUUCGCAGGGAACUGGAUGGAGCUGCGCUGUUGAGAGAGCAGAUGGAAAGGACCAGCGAUGAGAGGGACGCUCUACAGAGGCAAAUUAAAAGACUAACGGAGGAAAAUGAGGAUUUGCUAGCUGAUCUAUCCUCAAUGGAGGCCAAACUUGCUGAAGGGUCUGAUCGGAUCAAGAGUUUGGAGAACGAGAAAGAGAUUAUUUCUCGGAAGCUAUUGGAACCAGCGGUCGAUCCCGCCUCGUCGGGAAAAGAAGAAAGGCUGAUCCGCAAAUUGAAACUGUAUAAAAACAAAUUGAACGAAAUAUCUGCGAAGAUAUUACUAUUAAAGUCGGAUAGGAAAAUUCUAAUGAAAACUGUUAGAGAAUAUUCGGAUCAAGUUCCAAAAUGGCAAGAAGAAUUACUGAACGCAUCCACUAUAUUGUUCACCAGGAUACGAUCACUGGAAACAGAAAACAAUGACUUGCGGGAUCUGUCCUUGAGAAAUACAGAAUAUCAAGUUGAACUUAGAGAUCAAAAUGGAAGGUUGGAUCAGGUUGCACACGAAAACAGUAAGUUGCGUGAGGAAAUUGAUAAUCUUAGAGUUUUAAACUCGGAGUACGAAUCGAAUAUAAGGAAGGAAAUUUCCAGAAACGACGAACUUCUUCAGAAACUGUCGGAAUCGAAAACGAACAACGAACAAAAUUGUCUUUUGGAACAGAAAUUCGAGCAAUUGUCCGAUGAAGUAUGUACACUUAGAAAUACAAACGAUGAGAAAGAAGCAAUUCUUGCGAAAUCUCGUGCAGAUAUGGAAGUUCUCCAGCAGCAAUGCAAUGAAUUGCAGACGACAAAUCAGAAAAUACAAUUGCAUACAUCUCAGUUAGAGCAAAAGCUACAACGUGAGACUUCAGAAAAAGAAAAACUUGGUAAAACAAUAGCUGAAUUCAAUACAAGUGAACAAAAAGACUUCACUGAGUAUCAAAUAUUGAAUAAACUUCGUGAUCAGGUCGAAGAGCUGGAACAGUCAAAACGUAAACUGGAAAUGGAAAAUGAAACACUGAAGGAGAAUAUCAAUAAACUGGAUAUCAAUUGUGCUGAAAUGCAGAAAACUUUGGACGAACUCCAGCAGAGUUACGAAGAACAAACUAAAAUGUUAGAAAAUAAAUGUGUCGAAAUAUCUUCACUGGAGCAGAUGCUCGGAUUGGAGCGCGAGAAACAUGCAGAGGCCUGUGAACGAUAUAACGAACUCGAGCAAAACCAUCAUCGGCAAGCGGAACAGAAGGAAUCUUCCGAAGAACUUACAAUGCGGUUUGAUGCGUUACAGCAGCAAUAUCUUGAGCUGGAAAACACACUGAAACAAAAGGAAGUCCAAUUUGAACAGCAGCUUUCUGAAUUGGAAUGCACUAACAAAUCCUUCAUCGAGAAGAUUUCUCUGUAUGAAAAGCAAUUGCACCUGGACUCUGAAGAACAGGAUCUACUUCGAAAAAAAAAUCGAGAAUCCAGCGUUGCCCUGGAUACCCUCCAAGGUCGGUACAAUGUUCUAACCGUGGAGAAUCAGCAGCUGCAAUUGUCGCACAAUCAACUCAGUCAAGAUCACAGCGUUUGCAGUGAAGAACUUAAUACAUUGCGUUCAAAGUUUGAACUCAUAAAGCUAGAAAACAGUGAGCUUUUGUCGGAACUGAAGGAAAUAAAUGAGAUUUUAAAAGAACGUGGAGGUGUUAUAUCGCUACAGUUGUCAAAAAUAUCCGAGUUAGAAGCCCAAAAAGCGUCCCUUCAGCAGAAGCUUAACGGACCGGACCUUGCACAGCUUAGGUCUCGUGUCCAAGAACUGGAACAAAAUUUGGCGGAGAAAGAAUCCGAAUUGAUUGCGCUGCGCGAGGGGGAUCAAAGUUUCGAUGCUCAGAGUGAUGUCAUGUCCACUUCGACAGUCUCUCGUGCCGAAGAAACGGCGCGACUGCGAGAGAUUGACGAUAGUUUCGAAGAGAAAUACAACAAACUGCGUUCGCUGGCGGUUAAGCUGAAGAAGAAAGUCGCCGAACAGACUAUUCAAUUGCAGAAGUAUGACAAGGAGCGGGAAACGAUGGGUCUGGGCAAAAAUUUGCAGUCCUUCCAGGCCGAGUACGAUAAGCUUUUGGAUCAGCUCGACGGGGAGCGGAAGAACGUGGAAAGACUGGAAACAGCGCUUUCGGGGCUUAGAGAAGAGUUGGAGCAAAAAAGGCAAGAAAUUGAGACGCUGAGUCAAAUUCGAGCGGAAAUCGAUAACAGCAAAAAAGAUAAAUCCUCCUUGGAGUGCACAAUCCGUGAGUACCGAGAGCAGCUUCAAGGUUUGAAGCGUGAAAAAGAAGCUUUCAACAUGGCGAAGAAGGAAAUAGACACGGAAAACCAGAAGCUGAAAACUGCCCUGAAGGCCAAGGAGAAGCAACUCAGUGAUGAAUUAGAAGCACAGAAAGAGUUGAAGGCGGAAGUCGAACGGUCCCGCCUAGUCGCUAAAAAAGCAAACGUGCUGAACCUUGAGAUGGAAGCAUACGAGAAGUCAUUGGCCGAGUUGAAUAAUAAACUUGAAAUCAAGAAAACGCGUGUCAAUGAGUUGGAGGGAACGCUGGAUGCACAAGAAGGCACUAUCAAAAGUUUGAAGAGUCAGAUAGCAUUGCUGGAGCAAAGUUUAAGCGCGGAAAGGGUUCACUCGCAGGAGCUGAAAAAAAAUGUGGACGUACAGCAGGAGAAGCUAAGAGUCAAUGAGCAUCAACGAGGUGAAAUGAGUAUUGAACUGGCUCAACUUAAAGUUGAUUAUAAUAAUGUCAAAUUGGAAAUUGAAUCCAAUCGUGUAGAACUCAGUUGUGCUGUGACUGAAAAAGAAAAGAUAUGCAGUGCUCUGGAGGCGGAAAAUAGCAAAUUAUUGAAACAAAUUUAUUCUCUACAGUCCACCAUCGAAGACCUUAAAAUAAAGAUGGAAGAGAAGGAGCAGGAAGUCGAGAAUGUUAAAACAGAUUACGUUAACUACAAAAUUCGCGCUCAAUCUGUGCUAAGGCAGAACCAAAACAGAGAUACUGGAAAGGAGCACGAUCUCGAAGAGGAAGUCCAGAACCUUCAAAAUUCUUUGGACGUCAAACAGGGCAACAUUGAGAGCCUGACGCAUCAACUUACAGAACUAAGCAAAUCCUAUGAAGGGUUGAAGGACGACAAAACUAGACUCCAGAAACGCUGCCAAGAUUUUCAAAGCUUACUAGAAGAGUCUAGGCUUCAAAGCGAAUCAAUACUGGAGGAAAAUAGACGUAUUAAUAUAAACCACCAGGACGCACUCAAAACACAGCGACUCCAAAAUGAAACGUUGAUAAACUGCUACAAAAAACAAAUCGAAGAGCUACAGGAAAAACAUUCCACAGAGAUUGAACGUUUGCAAUCCAUCGUGAAGCAAGCUGAUCGGAAUGUAGCAGAGGAACUCAGAAGCAACAAUCAAGUUGGACCAGUAGCGAGGACGUCAAAUCAAAUGGGACAACAUAUCUCCGACGAGCAGAAAAUCAGCCUCCUUUUGAUGACGCGCGAGGAUGGCGAGGGCUCUGAGAGUACCAACUCACAGAGUAUCGUAGUUCCACAGCGAAAAAUUUCCAACUCUAGUCAACGUACUCGCUACUCCAAUCGAGAUUUGAUCCCCUUGGAUGAACUGUUGAAUUCCUCCUUCGAUGAUACAUCCGUUUUCGAUGCGACCGAGGACCCGCCAAUUCCGAUUUCACCCACAGUGGAGUUGCAGCAAACCAAAGACCAGCUUCUGAAGUAUGAGAGUCAAAUCAGACAAGUUACGGCGUUACUAGCGGAAGCAGAACGAGAUUCGGCAAAACUAACGCAGCUGAAUGAGCUGCUGAAGGAGGAAGUCCGUCGCCAGGAGAGAUCCAUCGAGCGGGAGAAACACAUACAGAAUUCAGAAUAUUUGAAAAAUGUAAUAUUUAAGUUCUUGACGUUAAACAGUGGCGAUGAGAAACAGCAUCUUGUUCCCGUGCUGAACACGAUUUUGAAACUAAGUCCUGAAGAAACCCAAAAACUUCAUAACGUUGCUAGAGGCAACGAAGGCAGUGCACGCGGUUGGACCGGAAUUUUAUGGAAUUAGUCCUUUUCAGGCUGAAGCAUCGAGGGAAACAAGCGAGUAAGCAUUUCUGUUGUAGAGUAAACUUGUAUUUUAAAGAAGUGCACAGGUUGGAGUGGAUUAGUCAGAUCAAUGAGACUAGAAUAUUAGCAUAUAUUGAGUAUAAGUUCAUUAUUAUAAAUUAUUUUAUUAUUAUUAAAUUAUAUACAAGAAAAGUUUUAA